AUGCAAUAUGGUCAACCAUAUUUAGAGUUAAUGUCGAAAGCUCAAAUAUUGAUUGGAUUGGGAUUUCCUUACGAAGGUCCUGCGCCUUUAGAAGCAAUCGCUAAUGGUCUUAUUUUUCUUAAUCCUCAUUUUGAUCCGCCUCACGGUAGAAGCAAUCAAGCUUUUUUUUCUGAUAAGCCCACUUCGCGAGUUCAACAUCCGUAUAUUGAAAAUCAUAUCAGUGAACCUUAUUCUUAUUUAAUUGAUAUGGGUAAUGAAACACAGAUACGUCAAACUGCUAAACGUAUUCUGACAACUAUUAAAAGUGGAAGUUAUCGUCCGCACGAAUUUACUCCAUGGGGUUUUCUCGAACGUCUGAAUGCUUAUUUGACACGACAAAAUAUCUGCGCUGCACCUUUUUACAAAAAUUUGAUCCAGUCUCCAUUGCCGAUAGCCAAAGCUGAUACGCCUCCUAAAUUUAACUACCUAGAUGUCCCUAGCACUACCGUUUCAUGGCCUCCAGCAUCAAGUUUAAAGAUAGUUUUGGGAUCUCGUGGUAAAUCUUGUGCAGAUGUGUGUAUGAAUCUGGGAACUUCAGAACAUACUUUAUUACUGCCUUCCAAUAUUUCUGCUUACUUCAUUCGCAACAAAACACAACAUCCUCAAAUACAGAAUGGCUACCUUUACUACCGUUCUAUUCACGCUACGCCUCCGCAAAACUUGUCUUAUCUUUAUACAUUUCGCUGUUCCCCAGAACAUUUUCCAAGUGUUAAUCAUCGACUAAACCUUCAACAUCUCGGUGUUUCUUGUCCUAAUAUUACUUACACAACUAGUCCAAUGGCACCAUAUUGGGACGAUGCAACAAGUUCAUGUGUUUUUCAAGCUAAUCAUGAAUGGUUUGACUGUACUGCCUCAGGGACUCUUAAUGGAUCUGAUGUAUUUUCUCGUUUUUGUCCUUGUCGUGAUGCUCUUCCUAACCAGAUUUCUUUAUGUUCUAAUUGUUUAUGAAAAGAAUAAACACACAUUUCUCAGGUAACAUUUUAUUUGCUUUUACCAACUGUUAUAUUUAUAUUUCCUAUAAUUAUUUUUAAAUGAAAUUUAUUGCAACAUUUAAACAUUCAUGAUUUUAUAUUGGCAAUGGGAAGCUAUUAUAUUAUUUCUUUUUAGAAAAAUCACAUCUCUGUUUUACUUGGAUAGAAUUAAAUUUUGUAAAAAGGAAUAGUACUUAAACGAAACCCAACUACUAUGACUAAAGAAUUCAGAUAUUCGAGACCAGCAGAAUUGUAUAGUUUGUGGGUUUAUUGUAAAAAACCUAAUAAUGAAAUAUUUGAAAUAUAAAAUUAGAGCAGCCAUUCAUCUCACAAGCCAUAUAUAUUAAC